CUCGUAUUCUGAUCCCAUUGGACACGAGCCUUGUCACUGGACUUAGCACAGCUUGGGGAGACGGAGACAUUCCGCCGGUGUUCUAUAGCAGGACUGAUUCGGUUACAAUACAGGUGGGACGCGGGAGCAUGAUAUCAGGGUUACAGCUGCUGCUGGAUUGCUAUAUAUUUUAUAUAUGUAUUUAUAUAAUCCGUCACUAGAUGUCGCUGUAGAGCGAAGGUGUGAGUGAUUGUGCCCCCAUUCUCUCUAUGGGUAAAUUACAGGCAGUGGGCAUUUAAACCCUCUAAAACCCUUUCGAGUUUACUGUAACUGCUAUAAGAACACAGCUCAAGGGUUUGAUAUGUGUCUCAAUCUUUGGAGUCUUUCUCACAUCUCUCUCUGAUCCCUCGUUUUGUUUAUUGUCUAGUUACUAGUAUGUCCCCCUUCUGGUCCCUCCAUACCACCCAUUGGCUGGAACUGCCUACCAUCAAUGCCUAACACCCUGAGCCAUCCAAAAACAGACAGCGGGUCAAGUAUAGUGCUGGUGAUACAUAACAAGUCUUAUUAGUUUAUAUGACAAAAAUAUACAUGUAAAGGUCAGUUUAAGUGAUUUAAUUAAAAAAAAAAAAAAAAAAAAGGUUUCUAGUCAGCAUACACCAGACAGGUGUCUCAGUAAAAAACAAGACAAUUUAUUCACACACAUUCAUAAAUAAUAAAUAUAGCAGCAUAUUCUUGCAGAGACACCCAGUCUAGGGCUCAGAGUCAUGUGAGUGGCAUUACAUCACCUUGGUUCAACAUUCACUCUGUAUGCCAAUAUUACACUAUCGUGUUUUCUCUAUUUUCCUAUCAUUAAAGGGAUACUACUACAAGUGUCAGGAAUACAAAGCUGUAUUCCUGGCACUAUAGCUCCCUCUACCCCGCACCCCCCGUAAGUAAAGGGAUACUGCAGAACUGCAAUGUUUAACAUUUCAGUACUAAGUGCAAUAAUCCAGACCACUUUAAUGAGCUGAAGUGGUCCAGAUGCCUAUAGUGUCCCUUUAAGGGUACAUUAUCCUGGAAGAGAGUUAGAGUGCUACCUUAAAGAGCACUAAGGCGACAAUACUGAACCAUAGACGUAAGGCUCAGGUUGAUAUGAAUGUACUUUUUUCACAUUAUUGAUUGUUUUUUGUCACUAUAUGGUACAAUUUGCACUAUAUAUGUUUUCUAAUUUUUACAAAAGGCUAAAAAUUAAAGGGUAAGUUUAUUAACCUCUGAUCUAUAUUAUCACAUUAUUAGUGCUCUGCCAUCGGUUAUAUAUGGUUAAUAUCACUUAUUCAUACUUUUUUGUGUAUAUUCAUACAAAAUACACUUAUAUUUCCAUACAGAACUAAGAAAAAAAAAAAGAAAGAUUUGGAGGUCUGAGAUCUAAAAAGUAUCAAAAUACUCAAGCACUAUCCCGUUGGGGGUUCUUCAUUGAUGAGUUAAAUAAACCAAGGGAACCAUAUCUCAUUAUAUAACAACACUUUCUUGUUCACAGAGUACAAAUCACAUUUCAUUUUCCCCUGAUAAAAAAGUUGACUUGUGAUUUCUUCCCAGAUACAUAGCAAGGUUUUAAAUGUGAAAGUUUUCAACAUACACAGGUGCUGUGUGUAUAGGAAUUGCUGUGUAAGGGUCUAUGAAUGUUGCUCUGUCAUCCAGUGCUGGGAAGAAUGGCAAAUAGAGUUAUUGGCUAAAAUAAUAAUUAAAGACGGUUUAACAAUAAACGUAAAUACCCUAAAGCCCUAUGAAAUAAAAAAAAUAAUUGAAAAAAACAUUGCGUGGCUGUUAGAUUAGUAUGUGUGCAAUUGUAAAGGUGUCUCAAAUAAUUUACCAUUCGUUAUUAAACGGUUUAUUAUAUUGUUAUCUUAUUAAUUCUUUGUGUCUCUCUUUUAGAAAUGCCACCUAAGCUAAAGGGAAAAACUCAAAAGAAAAAGAAGACAAAAAAGCAAAAGGAUGGAUCAGGUAUUGGUGGAUAUAUGUUUUUUAGUGGGCUUCUGCAUAGCUGUUAUGGAUAUCAAUUAAUACAGCUCUUCACUACUUUCUUUAGGUUCAAUUGAGGAACAGUACCGUAGAGCAGCUUUGGAAGUGGAUGUUUUGCAGGAUCAUUUGGGUAAGUGGGAGUGAGACCGCUGGUGACGUUGCCCGGUCUUGGUCAGUAUUUCAUGUUGCAUAAUGUGCGAAUAAUUUAAAAUGUGAUUAUAUGCAACAGUGUGAUAUUACUGAAAACUGCAAAUGCCGGUCCAAGACUGACAUCCCAUUAUGUGUGUCCAAAGACAACUAUAAAUCGCAGGACUGUAGAAAACCCUUUCAUGUCCAUAUAGAUGUAACAUGGUGUGCGAAUUUAAGUAGUCAUUAAGAACUAUGACGUAACAUAUUCUGCUGUGUUGUAGUUCUUUAUCCUAGCUUUGGGGGUAUGGAUAUUUUCUGACAAAGUAAGCUUCAUUUUGUCAGUUAAAGUUGUAUUUGUAUCCGUCUAAUUACUCCCUGGGUGAGAUUAGCACACAAAAUGUAAAUAUCAAAAUUAGUACGCAGUAAUUAUAUUUUUUUCCUCAAUUGGUGUUCAACGGUGCAUCGACGAGUAUAUUACAAACCAUAUCAAAAGAAAAGCACUAAGCCAUAGAUGUCUGCCUGUCUGUUUAUCUACUAAUUAUUACAAGGAAGCACAGGCCAAGCACAAUGCCUCCUUUCCACUGAACACUAACAAUGAUUGAAGUCCCAAGGUCCAAUGUUACCAUAGGAGACUAGUGAUUGAGUCCCUCUUUUGAGUAGAGGUCCCCAAGCCAAAGAAUUAUACAGGAAUUUUUCCUGUAUAAUACAUAGCAAAUAUUUUGGCUAAUAUUGCAUAUAAGUUGCCCUAUUUUUAGUUUUUUUUUCACAUUUAAGUGUCUGUCACUGCAGUACACGGUUCUGUACCACAUCACUAUCAGAAUGAAUCACACAAGUGUAAAUUGCUGGAAAUUAAAUGUGAGCUUCAUAUUUUAGGCCCAAAUAUCGAAACUCAAAUAACCCCAAAAAUCUUCGCUUCUAUUUUUCCAUUUGUUAAUUCAGUCUAAAAUUUUUAAAUCAAUUUGAAUUACUGACAUUUCAAACUUCACUGAAUACCCUUGUUUACUUUUUUUUUUUUAUGAUACACAUUGUGUGUGAGAUCCUAUUUUUUCCCAUUGACAGCUCUGCGCAGACAUGUGACCCGGCGGGCUCAAGAACUCAAAGAGGAAUUGCAAGAGAAAUUACAGGUGCUGCAAAGUGACAUUGAAGGGGAGAGAGAUGAGAAACAGGCUAUAUACAGCGGUAAUUCAAUAAUCUCUAAAAUGUAUUGUGCUGAACUUCGAAUUGCAACAUUCAGGCUAAAAUAGCCAAGGUAUGACUGAAACAUACUUAGAGAAUUUUUCUAAAUCCUCUAUUUUAGCCUACGAUUUACAAUUCCUAAUUCAAUCUGGUACAGUUCAUAGUUUAGUGAAGUGAGUUGUUAAAAGACUUACAUAUUUUAUGUAAUUAUAUGCUCUUUUACUUGUAAAUAUACUUGUCAUCAACCACUUGGUUUUGUAUUAUGUAGUUGUUGAUAAUCAUAAAUUACAUACAUUCAAAAAUGCAAUAUUCAAACAAGACUGAGAUAGUCAUCAUAAAUAAGUUUUUUACUCUAAUCCGGGGUGGGGAUUAAAAAAACAAGGCCUAAAUUGCUGAAUUUAAAAUAGUAUCCAACUCAGCUAUAUUUUCAUCUUGUCUAGUUAAACUUUAUAUUUAAAAUUCACAGGUCAAGUAAUUACAAUUUCUGGAUAACUUAGUAGCAUUGCUAGAGAUGUGCUAAUUCCCAAAUUAUUUGUGCCAUGUGUGUCUGCUCUUCUUGUUCUGUACAGUAGGCAAUGGUUUAUUUACAGCAAUUCCCAUGAUGUCCAACAUUAGUAAAAUAAUAGGGGUCCAGACACUCCUUGGUUCAAGACAGGCACUUUAUUGAGAAUCACAUGUCAAGCUUGACAAAGACCUUCUGGGGUCGAAACGUUGCUGUUGUGGUUCUCAAUAAAGUGCCUUACUUGAACCAGGAUUGCCCGGACCCCUAUUAUUUUACUAAUGUUUGGAAAUCUGGUGUUUGAUUCCGGCUCAGCAAGAACCCUGGCUCAGAUUUGUGGGAGUGAUUGCAGUUCCACAUAUACGAUUCAUGAUGUCCAACAUGACAUAUCUGACUUUGGCUGAUCAUCGUAUCAGUUUCUUUGGCACAUUUGAUGGUUUUGGGCACACAAAUUAUAAUCUCUAUCCUAGUUAUGCAUUCUUGUAACUAUCUUUAUUACCAUGCACUUCUUGUUUAAAAUAAAAUUAAAAAUCCUAGUGUAAUAUUUAUUUUAAAAACACAAUGUUUAGCUUGAUUAUAAACAUAAUAGAACAGUAGUGCAUUUGUACAGAUUGCUUUUCUGAUGCAUUAAUCUCCUUCUAGAUCUUGCCAGUUCUGCUGCAUCCAGAUCUUGUCAGUUUGUGAUCAGCUAAGAAUGUGAUUGCUGUUCUCCUGUUUUGGGUGUUUAGUGUAGAAUGGUUAUUGUGGAGGACUGGCAUGUCUCCGUUUGUCACUGCUGUGUGGUCUGUAUUUUAGGUUCUCCCAAACCAACACAAGAUAAGCAUUAAAGUGUGCUUGAAAGGGACACUCUAAGUACCAAAACUACUUUAGUUAAAUUAAGUGGUUCACUGAUCAAUUCUGUGCCAUUUAGGAGUUAGAUCACUUUCGUAGACAGGCCUAGCCACACUAUCACUAGCUGUAACUCAUGUGGUGUAUCACCACAGAAUGUCACCACAACUCACACAGGCUCCCUACACACUUCUUGUGUCUAAAGAUUUUAGCUUCCUUUAUUGCACAGUGUAUUUAAUUUAUAAUUUCCUAUCUCCCGCCAGGUUGAUAGGCUGUAAGAGCCUCCUGUGUGUGAUUAAAGUUCAAUUAAUAGAGCAGGAGAUACAAACUUCUGAAGUAAACACGCUAUGCUGUAAGAUCUGAUUGAAAAUUUAAAUAAAAAAAUUCAUAGUGGGGUUGUGACAGUCAUGGGAGGUGAGGCUUGGACUUCAUAAACAGAAACAAAAAUAAUUUUACUCUUUAAUGGAAUUGAGCAAAUUUACUUUUAAGCAUGGUCUAUACACAGAAAUGACUUAAUUAAUUGAACGUUGUUUUGGUGCUUAGAGUAUUUCUUUAACGUCCGAUGAAGCUCGGUGUAUGCCAUUGUGUGUUGAAAGUGGGUUCAGUCCAUUUAGGCCCUGAUCCAUCCAUUUAGACACAUAUCUCCUUUAGAAUGAAGUCCACUUGCCUCAGAUCACCAGUUAACUGCAUUCAAAAUGUUAUUCUUAAAAGAAAGUGCAAUAAAAAAGGCAGUAAUAAAGCUCUGAACAACAUAUUAAAGCUCUGAACAACAUAUUUUCAUUCACAACUUUGACAUAAGGUAUGCAGGAUAUGCAGAAUGACAGACUUCAAGUGAAAACAUUGUCUCCCUUUGUUACCCUUAGAAAUGACGCGUAAGCAACGUAACUUGGAGCUGGAAAGCUCAGAACGCAUCCAGUCUCUGGAAGAAGAGGUUGCAGAACUGAAAUUGAAACUUGGUGAGUUUGGAGAUUUUUCAUAUAUCAACAAAUCUGAACUACUGUAUUACUUGGUGGUUUUAGUUUUUGCUAAAUAUGGCUUUUUAUUAACUAACCUGCUCUACAGCGGGUCUUGGCUGUGAAUAACAAAUUCAAAAUAUGCUGCAGCUGCAUUGAACAUUAACAAACCGCAUAAAGCAAGCCAUGGCUUUAAACCUACAGAGCGGAUACAAAAAGAUUGUUAUUGCUCAUACAAAUUGAACAGCAUCUGUGUAAAUGUAUAUAUACAGCGAACAUGUGAUCUCCAGUAACUGUUAGAUAUUGAGUUAGAAAUGGCAGACUUGCUGAUUAUUGCACAUAGAGGAAGUGGUGUACCAAAGGAACAUGCUUGAAAUACACAAGUCAACAAAUUAAACGUCCGUCUUUUCACCCACUUUGAAACGGUACUCGUGGCUCACAUAAUCUCCCAUCAUGUUUGGCAGGUGCCUGCAAUUCCAAGGCUAACCUAAUACUUAUAGUCACCCUGUAUCUACAAAAAAUGGAGAGGGCAAGCUGCUUGAAGGACUUGUAGCUUUUAGAACAUUGUUAAGAACAAAGUAUCUAUGUUUCGACUUGCACUUGGUCAAACAUCAAGCAGUUGUGUCUCCUCCAUUCAUUUGCAUAUAUUUUAUAUUAAUAGAGAGAAGUGAAUAAGAGGCACUUGAUAUGUUCCUGACUUAGUGACUAAAGUGAAAUGAGAAAAUGCUGAACAUUCCAGCUUUUUGCAUUUUAACAAAACAACCUCAUCGGUCAGAUGAAAGUUUUACAUGUGUAUAUAUUCAUGUUAUACACAUAAAAUGUCAUCUUCUCUUUUUGUUUCUUACACAUAUCUAGCUAAAUCCCAGAAUGAACUGCGAACGUUUCAGGAGGAAUCUGCACGUAAAGCAGCAGAGAAAGAGGUGGAGAUCACAGACCUACGGACUGAGGUGGAGAAUAUGGAGAAAGAAUAUGAGACUUUGCUGCAUGUAAGUAAUCUUCUGAGUUGUAUCGAGAAUCUUUGCAUACUGCUUGUAAAUGCAUACACUGGAAACCUCCGGUAUUUCUGUUGAAACUGUGUUUCACUCAUUAAUUUAAAGUUGAAACCGUCAUGAACCAACAUGAAAUAGGCUUCGGUGACACAGUGUUGAGCUGUGGAUGAGACAAAAUCUAUUUUUUUGCAAUUUUUCAUUCAAAUGAAGUUAAGAUGAGAAUAAAUUAGAUGUAAUGGAAUUUCAGCCUGAUUUUUGAUUAUUAAAAUUAAAAUCAAAUAAGACUCAGCAAGAGUAUUUUCCACAAUCUACUGCAUGGCAGAUGCCACAAAAUGUGGAUUUGUUUUAUUUAAUUGUGCAGUUACUUUUCAUUAUUAUUUAUUGCAUGUGCCUUUAAGAAUUAUAUUCUGUUUCUUAUUUUCAUGGUAAUAUGAAGACUGCAAAAGCAUUAUACGCCAACUAAAUAAUGGUGAAUAUUCAAGGGACACUAUGGUCCCAUAAAAACAGAAAAACUAGUUUAAUUUGGUGGUUCUAAUGUCUAUAGCUUGUCCCUGCAGGCUUUUCAAUGUAAAAGCAUCCUUUUCAGGUUUAAGGCAGUGUUUUCAUUGCAACCUAGUAACAUCUCUGGUGGUAUUCACUCAGGUGGCCACUUCCUGUGUCAGUGUUGCACAGUAUGCAGCACUGGUGUUCAGUGUCUCCACACUCUGUAUGGAGUCGCUGAACCUCGCCAUAGAGAUGCAUUGAUUCAGUGCAUCUCUACAAGGAGAUGUUAAUAGGCACAGCAUUUUGUUGUGCCUUUUUGCAUUAGCCUGCAACUGCUUUCCUGUGGAUUGGCUUAGUUCAUAUCGAUUGAGUUGGAGCCAACUUCAGCUACAGCAUGGGACAAAACAUGAGUAAAAACAAGACCACCCUUUCAGAGCGAUCUGAGUGGGACUAGGGGCCUAAACAGCUACAACAGCACCAUAGUGUUAGAAAUAUGUGUUUGUAUUCCUGACACUAUAGUGUUCGGAAUAUAAACAUAUUACAAUCAUUUUUAUUUUAAGGAAACAAUAUUUGGGCAACACCUCCCCCCCAACUUCACAAAUGUGUCUUAGACAUUAAGUGUGCCAGGGCACAUAUAUAGGAGGGUUAGAGUUGGGAUGCCACUUAGCUGUCCCACACUGUGACAACCUCUGCAUGCAUUUUCUCCUACACACAGUGACAGGCACACUCACACAUUUACACAGUCUGUCACACACAAUAAUAAAAAUAAAAAUUUCUCAUUUUUAUUUCUUGUGACUUUAUUUUCCUUCCCUUCCAGCCUUCCUACCUUUGGGAGAGCUGGUGUGGGUCCUCUUCCUGGCAUCCAGUGGGGAUCUUCUCCCUGGAGUCCAGUGAGGAACUAGAAGAAUAUCGGCGCCUUCCCUCUCUCCCCCGGUAUAUUUUAGCAGAAUAGACAUCUGCUGCCUAGGGAAGCAGGUGCCUACUCUGUUUUAGUAAAUAAGUGACCAGUUGGCCAACUCCUGGGGCCUCCUGUAACAGGCCAUUAGCUGCUCCUCGCAGCACUCCCACAAAAGUGCCCCCUGAGGCGAACUGACCCCUUUGCCCCCCUAGCUACGCCACUGGGUCCCAUUUUCCAGCUUUAGUAAGCCACAUGAUGGCUGUAAAAUAUUGGUUUGGUAGUUAAUUAUUCCCUGGUUAGCUUGUUGUUUUACUUCUUCCAUUUGCAAUAUCUGACAUUGCGCUCACAAAUUCAUGUUCUUUCUUAACUUUCUCUUUACUCAUAACAGUCCUGUCUUGAUCAGCUGCUCUCUAAGCUUAAUACAGCUGAUCUGCAGUGGACAAAGCAAGCCCUUUCCAUCCAUCAGCAACACAAAGAGAUGCUUCUUGACUGUGGCCUCAACCCUCUGGACAUCUGAAUGAUGAAAUAAUGCAAUAAGUGAUAGUGUUAUCAUGUAUAUUAAAUUAAUAAAGUAAACUGUCCAUUAUUUGGUAGAUGUGAGGGGUAUCUAUAAAGGAGACCAACAGGUAUGAUCGGUAUCUCUUACGAAAAUCUCCAAUAUGUACAAAGGUGCAAAAUUUAAAGGGACACUCCAGGCACCCAGACCACUUCUGCCCAUUGGAGUGGUCUGGGUGCCAACUCCCACUACUCUUAACCCUGCAAGUGUAAUUAUUGCAGUUUUUAUAAACUGCAAUAAUUACCUUGCAGGGUUAACUCCACCUCUAGUGGCUGUUUCUACUAGACAGCCACUAGAGGGCACUUCCUGGUUUCUAACACUGUGCUAGAGCGUUGCUAAAUUCCCCAUAGGAAAGCAUUCAAAAGCAUUUUUUUAAUGCUUUCCUAUGGGGAGCUCUAAUGUGCAUGCGCGGCAUUGCCUUGCAUGCGCAAUAGGUCUCCCCGGCCGGUGGGCGGGAUCAGUCCCACUGGCCGACGUAAUACAGAGGAGGAGUGGCGCGGAGGAAGAAGCAGCAACGUGGGACAUCGUCGCUGCCUCUGGUAAGUUACUGAAGGGGUUUUCACCCCUUCAACAACCGGGGAUUGGGGGGUGGGAGGGAGAGGGGACCUGCAGUGCCAGGAAAAUGGAUUGUUUUUCUGGCACUGUAGUUUCCCUUUAAGAAUCAACAUGAGUGCAAUUAUAAAUGACUGAUCUACUGAUAAUUAUAAUUGUCAUUUUUAUCAGAGUCCUAAACUGAUCUUUAGGGUAUUCUAGCUGUGCUUGAAGCCAUAAAAGUAUCUAAUUUACCACAUAUGAGAUAUGCAAUAUUAUUUGUCAGUUCAGGCUUUAUUUAUUUAAACCAAAGGGAUAAAGUAUCAUUAAAAAGUGCUGCCUGAUAAUCUGUACAAAUCACAUGUUUCUGAAUAAAAGUGAAUUCAAAUCAAUAAUGAAAUGCAUCCCAUAGGAAUUUUUCCAAUGAAUGAACUAAGUUAUAGAGAGCUUAUAAAUGACACAUUACCAGAAAUACAUGGCUUAUGUAGCUUAACAAGAGGUAUGGCAAGUCAGGUGAAUGCGGUAUUAAUGAUAAAUUACCAUAAUGAUAAAUGUAAAUCAGUUUCUUCCAAGCUUUGAGUGUUAAAUUAUAAUUUGAAGUAUUUCAAUAUGUAGGUUGAUUAGAAAAUGUAUGUGUUUUAAUGCAUUAACGACAUCCUGUCAAUAAAUUAGUAUGUUUUUCCUAUUUAUUGGUACAUGUGCAUUUGUGUCUGUAUCUAAAUACAUCAUUGUGUAUAUGUUCUACGUGCAGUGGGUUUUUUUUUCCCUUCUAUAAAAUGUAUCCUCUUAAGGAUCCCAGAUAUGUAAAGAAUCAAUGGUAAAAGAGGAGGAGGAUUUGUGUAAAGGAAAAAGAUGAUCACGGUGUCUCAGCUGAGAUUAUUGCCAAUGUGGCAACAGUUCUGACUGAUUAGCAAACGCUAGAUCAUGGUCACAUGGUUGUUUGGGGAAAUGUUCCUCUCAUUCUUCACUAUUUUGCACUUCGGUAGAAGGUUUCUGGACUUCAGGUUCCUCUCCUUGUACAGUGUCUGCUUUUAGCUGUAGGAAGAAAAUAAUUGAACAUGAGACAUUAAUGCAUAGUUACUUCGGAGAAUUUAAAAAAAAUAUGAGUGUCUUCACAAUACAGGAAUGCCAACUUGUUUCAAGUGAUGAGUAUGAAUCUAUGCUGAAUGGCGUUCACACAAUUAUAAAUCUUGUAAUUUAUGGAACAGAGAUGUUCAGGUUUCCAGUAACCACUGGUUCUAUCAGAUUUGCCGUGAGCUAUAGGGGAUGGUUUCCUUUGAACUGAAUUAAAAUGUAUUAAAAUGUUUUGCUAAUGCGUUAUAAUUUUUACUUGUGAAAUUAAAUACAAUACAAUACAUGGUGCUGACCUCAGAAUUACCAAUGCAACCUGGAAAGCCCAUGACACACACUCACUAGAAGUGAAUUUCUACUUGCCAGGAAUGAAUUUUCACUUGCCAAUGGCUAUUGGUGAAAGAACAUUUUCAGCCUUCGCAUUCGCCAUAUUAUUUUGUUUCUAUAGAAU